UAUAAAUAAGGACGCGGGGACGCGAAUCGGGAAAUCCUCCUGUUUCGUACCAAAAAAUACGUGAAACGCCGUUGAAACAGGUCCACCGGUACACAUUCCUGUUCAGGUAACGCAAGAGCGCUAUCCUGCACCUGGCGGUUUAUCGUUCCGGAGCGUUCGCGGUUUAUGCUUGGCCGAGUAUCGAUUGUGCGAGAUGGACGAAUUAAGCUCCCGACGGUGCCGGCUUUGCCUGCUCAGUCACUUCAUGCUUGUGCCCAUGUUCCCUCCGAAGGAGCCCGUCAACGAUGGCCUGCUGAAGAAGAUCCUCGAGUGCACCUCGCUGGAGAUCGUGUACGAGCACGAUCACAGCUCGUUCAUCUGCAUCAAGUGCAUCGUGGAUGUGGAGCAGUUCUACGGCUUUCGAGAACGCUGCCGCCAGAGCGACUUCCUGCUACGUCGAUCGCGCCAGGAUCCAUCGUUAAAGGACGAAGAAACGGCGGUGAUCGACCUGGACGACAAUGACGAGCUGAGCAUGCUGACGAUGGAGCUGACGGAAACCUGCUUCGAGCCGACGGUUUUGCCCCAACUGGAGUCCUUUGUUGGCCCCACCAAGCUCGUGCACAUCGGGUACAACUAUCGCGUGGUUCGUGUGAACGAUGAGCGGGAAGUGCUCAUCCAUCGACAGUAUCGGUAUUAUCGGUUGAACGAACCGCAGAACCAGCACCAGCAACAGCAGCAGCCAGAGCUCUACAACCAGUGGAUAUGUGUUGCUCGUGGUCGCACUGGCUGUAUGGCAGCACUAACGAUCACUGGGACGGCACAGUUCCCCGUAGCCCUCUUCACCCGCCGGGGCGUGAAACAUAACCAUGCGGCAAGUAUGGUACAAAACAUCGGUACGCGGGAUGGCCAGUCCACGGUCGAACAGACGAUACAGGUGUUGCCCAACUAUACGUUCCUGACGGAUUGCCAGCAACGAUUAAGACUGCUUGCUUACGGCUAUCGUUACCGAUUGCGCCGUGCCCUGUUCAACGAUGGACUGAGUCUAUGGGUCUGUGAACAGGACAAAUCGGGCGGUUGCGAGGCACGGGUGAUGUUGUCGUACGAAAAUGAGAGGGAACUGUUGGAAUACGACCAAGCCCACAACCAUCCUCCGGUAAAGGAUAGCACGCGUCGCUCUCCCAACACCCAGAGCGCACUGAUGGCUCAAAGGAAGCCAAAGGAUGGGGCCAAUCUGCGCCAUGGUUACAACUUUACCAUCAUGGACGGGAAUCUCAUCUUCGGUAGGAAUUGCUACAGAGCGAGCAAACCAUCAUUGGCCACGCUGUGGCGCUGUACCGGGCCUACGUGCAGUGGGGAGUUACGGGUAAAACGCAAGGUGGCCAAACUGGCCAACAAACAGCACAAUCACCCACCGGCGCUACAACAUGCGAACAAGCAUUCGGAACCGAAACCGUUGCAACAGGGCAUCAACUAUCGUCUCGUCACGGACGGCACCGGUACCGUGUGGUUGGUGUACCGGAAGCAAAAGUUUGUCUUUAAAUCGAGCCUCAAAAAUGGCACCACGGAAUGGCACUGCAUCUGGCGAAGGCUGGGCUGUCAAGCGGUGUUGCAGAUGGUUCCGGACGAGCAGAUAGUUUACGCCAUUUCCUCCAAUAACCAUCGCCAUCGGAUACGUAAUGCGCUGGAAAAACAUUUUCCCUCCAUAUCCGGUCGAACUGCUUCCGAGACGACACUCCUGUCACUGGAGGAGUAUGAGCUGCGCUGGAACCAACGGUCACGGCCGAUCAUAUGCCGAAUGGAUGGCCGGUUCUACGCACGGAAAGCAUUCACCAGUGGAGCGGUGUUGUGGAACUGUACCCGUUCGCUGGUGACCAACUGUAAGGCGUUCAUUAUGAUCGACAAGAGCGGCGCGAUCGCUGGCAAGUCUGACGAACAUGAUCAUACACCGCAGAGAUCUCCCCACGAUAGGCUACCGGCUCCCAAUGGGCAAAUAAUUAAGGCGAGCGAUCUUGUCGCAAGUCCCGGUCCGGUGCGUCUGAUCGCCGGAGGAUUCAACUACCGCCGAAUACACGAUGUGCACCUGGAUUUAGAGAUCAUCAUAUUCGCGGGCCACAUGUUCUACCGGGAGCACAACUCUCCCGGAGGUGAAGGGAGCAUGUGGUACUUUUGCCUACCGCAAAACGAACCCAAUCCGUGCCCGGCUAAGAUUACCCUUACCCACAAUGGGUUGUUGGCCGAGCAAAGUGGGCAUCAUAGUCACACGGAACCAUCGGUUACGAGAACCGUUCAACCGGACCGCACCGAACAGGUAACGAUUCACGGGGCCAACUAUGAUCUCAUCUUCACGAUGGCCAAAUGUAAUUCCAUCAUCCGACAUGACGGUGGUACGUACCGAAUACACAAAGUGCUUGCCUCUCAGAAUUGUUCCCAUUGGCGCUGCAUUCACAGCGAUACCGGGUGCCAAGCGGCACUUACCGUUCCGCUUUGCCUCGAGAUACCGGCAUUCGGUAACGGUACUGCUCACGCGCAUACUACAAACCCAAGCCACGGGACCGGCGAGUCACGUAAACUCACGGGCGGAAUCACGAAAGAUGAUGGAGCAGUGGAAGAGCUUCGAGCUUCACAAACGGAUAUGAUACCAGCUACCCCGCUGUUCGAUUGGACCCCGGAGCGAGUCCCUAAGGAAGAACCGAUAUCCAAAGCCAUCGAUCCGAAUGCGAUCGUAACGUUCCAGAACGGUCAGCUGUACGUGCGGAACGCGUGCAUGGAUGGUACGGAUGCGUCCCCAUGGAUCUGUGCCUUCCACUGGGCGCUGAACUGUACGGCUCGGUUUGACGAGGACGAGGGAAGCGCCUGGACGCACAAUCACGAUCGUUUCGCCGCCGUCAGUUCGCCGGAACGGUUCGGUAUGCUGAAGACGCUCGUCACCCAAGGAUUCAUUCCGCAGAGAGGCCCGAUGCUCCUGAUGCCCGGCGCCAGUACCAUCUCACAGUAUCAGCUGCUGCCGAGCGGUGUCCACCGCCAGUCGCAACGCAACGUAUCGCUGAUCAUCGACGAUAAUCGGUACAACUUCUACAAGGCGAAAAACAAUGGCGAGUGGCUGUGGCGUUGUGUUCGGCAUCGGUGGCAGGGCUGCAAGAUUGGUGUGGCCGUAUCGCAUUGCUUCGGGAAGUACCACUUCCAACCGUACGGCACCACCGGCCACAACCACACCUAGGACAAAGAACACAUUAAUGCAAUUGAAUGACCGUUCUGAGGUAACAUUAGCAGAAGGUAACAUUUAUCAUGAACCCUAAUUUUAGUAUAAAGACCAGCUCCCCAUCCCCUCUCUCUUCCUCCUUCAUGCGAUCGUGCGUAUAUUUGAUUAUGUUGUAAGUGUGUAUAAUAUGAUACAUGCGUACCUUCUACAAUAAAAAUGCACAUUUGAACCAAGGA